UAUAAGAUAUAGCUACAUCAAAACAUAGAUUUAAAUUUAGAACACUGUCUUGCAAUACAUGUUAUAACAAACACUAUUUAUUUUGUAUUAUAGAAACGGCAAAGUUUCAUGUGGAGUCCGCGCAUGGCAACUGGCGACACUUGCGCGGUUUCUAUGGAGGAUGCUGUGAGCUGAGAUGCUCAAGGAAGUCGGGAAAACCCAACCAUCAUCCACCGGUGCCACACAUUUCAUAUAUUUAUAUAUCUGCGAAAUAAACAUAUUUACUGCCAUAUUCAUCAGACCGCGGUAAUGGAUGAAAGGUAAGAUGCGCAUGUCGUUAUAUAAUAAAACUGCAUGGAUGUAAAACAAAUAUAUGCGAAUGGCCGUUUAAUAUGUACAUAUACAGCACCAGUUGUGCAUACCCUAAUCUACAACUUAUAAUAAAGGUUUGUUUAAAUGUUAUUGAAACACUUCCUGAUCACAUAGCAGCACAGACCGCGUUGAAGGCCCACAUGCAAAUUUCGGCUAAAACUAAAUUGUAAAAAAUAUAUUUACAAACAUUAAAAGCUAGAUUAUUGUGCCGCUGACUUAUGCAAUGAUCAUUUCUCUGCACGUGGUCAAAUUUCAUACAACAUAAAGCUACAAACACCCUUUAAUUUGUACCUGCCUGUUAUACCAUGCCACCCAAGUACAUUUCAAUUCUUUUGAAUUAUUAACAUCUCGGUUAUCAGUCAGUAUAUACCUGUAACUCAAACUCAUUCAGAGCCAAACCGCUGCACGUCUACUGCACUGACGUCACUACGCUGACUUGCAGCCAGGGGGCGCCACCGGAACUUAAUUCUUUUUACUGUAACCUAAAGCAGGUUGAAUAUCAAACUCUGCCACCGUGGUGUGUGUUUUCACCUCACACGAUGAAGAAACUCGAGACAUAGUAAACGUGAACUUUUAGUAUGUCAAUUUAAAGGAUAAGUCCAACCGGUUUGAAUUUUUUAGUUUGUUUAACCAAAAGACAUGUCUAUACAAAAUGGCUGCCAAUCAGACCCCCCAUCAACCCCCAUUAAAGUCAUGCAUGACAAUGGGUACAUGGGUUUCUCAUUGGUUUGUUUUAAAUACAACUAGAAGUGAUUUAAUUACUUUUAACAAAUCUCAAUUUAAAGACUUUAAUUGAACUAAAGUUAAACUUAAUGUUAUUGUCUUAUUAGGCUAUAUUUAAUCAUGUAGCAUAUUUAUGUUUAUAAUUUCUGUCGAAUUCUCCAAUGAUUUGUUGACACUAACAUUUCAAACUCGUGAAAUUUUUAUUUCUCUUUUGUUUAAUUUUGUUUAAAACAGAAAUCUAUCGGAUUUGACUGGAUAUUUUUGCGCCAAGGAACUUUUCAAAGACUAUCUGGAGUUUCCUCAGAAAUUUCCUUUACACCCCAGUCUGGAUCUGAAACAUCAAGAUCUCAAGACAGCAUAUAAAAGGGUCAGACACAGAGCACGCGCAGCAUGGCCGUGCACUCCAUCGCAGGAGGGCCGCGCAGAGGUAGAACCCCGCCGCAGAUUCUGGCUGGUUCCGGUUACUGCAAGUGGUUUAACGUCCGCAUGGGUUUCGGAUUUAUAUCGAUGACCAGCAGCGAGGGAAAACCAGUCGACCCACCGCUGGACGUGUUCGUGCACCAAAGUAAGUUGGUGAUGGAGGGCUUCAGGAGCUUACGGGAAGGCGAGCAGGUGGAAUUUACCUUCAAGAGGUCGAGUAAAGGUCUGGAGUCACUCAGGGUUACGGGGCCCGGUGGGGGCCCCUGCUCCGGCAGUGACCGACGCCCUAAAGGGAAGGCCCCGCCCCCCAAACGCAAACCAAAGGGAGACCGGUGUUAUAACUGUGGUGGUCUGGACCAUCAUGCUAAAGAGUGUGGCCUUCCCCCCCAGCCAAAGAGAUGUCAUCGCUGUCAAAGUGUCACACAUAUGGUGGCCCAGUGUCCCCACAAGAGGGCGCUGUCUCCCUCCACGUCUCAGGACCCCCAUCACCCCACCACCUCAGCUCAGUCACAGGAAGAGGAGAGUCGGUCGGGCUCGUCGCCGCAGGAAGGCACCUCGUCCUCUCCGGAGGAAGCGACUCAGCGCGGCUCUCGCUCUCAGCGCUGGAGGAAGAGUCGGGACUGAGAGGAAUCUCUCGGCUGAGACCUCCCGUCUGACGGGUUCCCUUCGGCUUUUCACCUCAUCUCGACGGAGCCCGGAGCCAAAAUCUUCUACCUCACAUGCCCGGGUCACCGGGGAGAUCCUCCCUCCCGUGCAGCUAUGGUAUCGGUCGAUGGGGAUUACACAUCCGUGUGUGUUUUUAUGAGCAAUCACAGCAAUCUCUACGAUGUGGGUGUGUGUUGUAAAGCGAGUGUGUGUGUAAAUGUGUGAUGCAACGGUAAAUAGAUGAUCAAACUUAAAUAUCUAGCAUUGAAGAAAACGGUGAAUCAGGAUUUUUUUAUUCAGUACGUCUGACAUCAGCACUUGAGGCUCAAACACAAUUACAAAAAAAGUUUGGGUUUCUUCAUAAAUCACUUUUUUUUGUCUGGGUCAUCACUUAUAAAAAUGGCCCUGAUGACAAAACUUACUUUCUUUAGUUUGCUUAACCAAACAAAAACUAGUUUAUGGACCCUGAUCACCGACCUGAAGUUAUUGUGCAUUUGUGCAGGUUGUUUUAAUGUGUGGCAAAUCUAAUCAGAUUCAGCACCUGGUCUUAAUUUUACUAUGAAUUUGAGACUUAACCAGUGUUAGAUAUGACUGACGACAAAAUAACUUUUUUCAGAAAGAACAAAGUAACUUACUUAUAAUUAUUGGCAUUAUUUAGCUGCAGUCUUAAGAUGUUUUUAAGCUCAUGGUAAUGAUCCAAGGCAUUAAUAUAUGAUGAAUUAUAAAUAGCGAUUCAUACAGAGCAUGUAGGUAGAUGAAGUCGAUGCUGUAUGUUGACAUUUUGAUUUGUCCCCCCCCCCCCUCUUCAUGCAUUAAGGAUCUUCACUUUAUAAAUCUGCUCGUUUAUUUACGUGAAAAUCUGAGCGUGCAAAAAUCAAAAUAUUGAGAAAAUUGUCUUUAAAAGUUGUCUAAAUUAAGUCCUUAGCAACACAUAUUACUAAUGAAAAAUAUACUGUUUCUGAGACAUUGUGUGACACAUUUGAAUGUUUUCAGAUAUUCAGGUCAUGGACAAUUGUUUGGAUCGUAUGGGCCAUUUACACAACCAUAAACAGUGAAGUUUUUUGCG